CGACGUCUCACCAUCGAAUCGCAUUCCCUGCUUCCCCGGGCAUCUCUCUGCAGUGCGCUCGUUCCUUCGAAUUUUCCCUGUUUCCAUUUCUGGUUUUUCAUUCAGCACAUAUUUUCACCAUGCUGUCCCAAAGAUUAAUAGGCCGUGCUGCCGUCCGGUCCGCCUUCAAGCCCUCGGGGCUCCCUGUCGUCGUUUCUCCCAGGUUGAGGAGGACCUAUGCGACCGAGUCUGAGGAGAAGGAUCUCGUCAUCAUUGGAGGUGGUGUCGCUGGCUAUGUUGCUGCCAUCAAGGCCGGCCAGGAGGGUCUCAAGGUCGCCUGUAUCGAGAAGCGCGGCACCCUCGGCGGUACCUGCCUGAACGUCGGCUGCAUUCCCUCCAAGUCGCUCCUCAACAACUCCCAUCUCUACCAUCAGAUCCUCCACGACUCGAAACACCGCGGCAUCGAGGUCGGCGAUGUCAAGCUCAACCUCGCCCAGCUUAUGAAGGCCAAGGAACAGUCCGUCAGCGGUCUCACCAAAGGUGUCGAGUUCCUCCUGAAGAAGAACGGCGUCGAGUACAUCAAGGGUGCCGGCGCCUUCGCCGACGAGCACACCAUCAACGUCAAGCUCAACGACGGCGGCGAGACCUCCGUCAAGGGCAAGAACAUCCUUAUCGCCACUGGCUCCGAGGUCACCCCCUUCCCCGGCCUCGAAAUCGACGAGAAGCGCGUCAUCAGCAGCACUGGCGCCAUUGCUCUUGAGAAGGUCCCGGAGAAGAUGCUCGUCAUCGGUGGUGGCAUCAUUGGUCUCGAAAUGGCUUCUGUCUGGUCCCGUCUCGGCGCCCAGGUCACCGUCAUCGAGUUUCUCGACCAGAUUGGCGGCCCCGGCAUGGACCUUGAGGUUGCCAAGUCCAUCCAGAAGAUCCUGAAGAAGCAGGGCAUCAACUUCAAGACCGGCACCAAGGUCGUUUCCGGUGACAAGACUGGCGAGACCGUUAAGCUCGAGGUCGACUCCGCUAAGGGUGGCAAGCCCGAGACUCUCGAGGGUGACGUUGUUCUUGUCGCUAUUGGCCGCCGUCCCUACACCGAGGGUCUCGGCCUUGAGAGCAUUGGACUCGAGAAGGAUGAGCGCGGCCGUGUCAUCAUUGACUCCGAGUACCGCACCAAGAUCCCCCACAUUCGCUGCGUUGGUGAUGUCACCUUCGGCCCCAUGCUUGCUCACAAGGCUGAGGAGGAGGCCGUUGCUGUCGUCGAGUACAUCAAGAAGGGUUACGGCCAUGUCAACUACGGCUGCAUUCCUUCGGUCAUGUACACCUUCCCCGAGGUUGCCUGGGUUGGCCAGUCCGAGCAGGAACUCAAGAAGGCUGGUGUUCCCUACCGCGUCGGUACCUUCCCCUUCAGCGCCAACUCCCGCGCCAAGACCAACCUUGACACUGAGGGCAUGGUUAAGAUGAUCGCCGACCCCGAGACCGACCGGAUUCUCGGUGUCCACAUCAUCGGUCCCAACGCCGGUGAGAUGAUUGCUGAGGGUACCCUUGCCCUCGAGUAUGGCGCUUCCAGCGAGGACAUUGCCCGCACCUGCCACGCUCACCCUACCCUCGCCGAGGCUUUCAAGGAGGCGGCCAUGGCCACUCACUCAAAGGCCAUCCACUUCUAAGCAGCUGGAGCGUUUUGGCGUUGAAUGGCUCUAAGCACGGAAAAAUGUGCUGUCUGGAUUUCUAGCAUUGGGAGUAUGGAAAGAGGAUGGGAGGAGGUGUGUACUUAUACUGUAGUCACGGGCUUUCCCUCAAGGGUUUAAUAGGGGGUUUUCACAUGACAUGCUAAAUAGACGCCGCUUGUUGGUUGGACUAGGGCUAUUUGGCCUUGCGGGUCCUGGUUGGGCUCGAGACUCGAUGAAUACACGAGAUUUUAAAAGAUACAGAAAAGCUACCUUGGUAGCCAAAUGGGAAGGCAGGAAGGCUGCUGGCUAUUCUAUGUUAACAUUGCCGAGUUAUCAGAAGGCUGUGGGUUUUGGAUGAUUCUUGUCUGUUCUCCAUGCCGGUGCAAUUACUUUUUAGUCCGAGUAGCAGUAUCCAUCAAUGCCGGUCUU